CACAGGAGCGAGGCGGAUGCGCGUGCACGCGGGUCGGGACGAGGACGCAAGCAAGCUAAACGGGGGAGCUGGAGCAGCGAGCAGGCCUAGAUCGUUCACGGCAUCAAGCGUCGGUCAUUUUGUUCAGGCGGACCUCCGACCGGCAGGGAUUAGAAACGUGCCAGAUCAUAUGUGUUUGAACGGGGAAAUAAAAUUGCAAGAUGGUUCGGGAAACCAGACACCUUUGGGUGGGAAAUUUACCCGAACAUGUUCGCGAGGAGAAGAUUGUGGAGCAUUUUAAACGGUAUGGCCGUGUGGAGAGUGUUAAAGUUCUGCGAAAGCGAGGGUCAGAGGGUGGUGUUGCAGCCUUUGUGGAUUUUGUGGAUAUUAAAAGUGCACAGAAGGCUCACAAUGCUGUCAACAAGAUGGGAGACAGAGACCUUCGGACUGACUACAAUGAGCCAGGGUCAGUCCCUAGUGCUGUCCGGGGCCUUGAAGACGGCUCCCCCUCCAGCAGUCGAGACGUUACUGGAUUCACUAGGGGAACAGUUGGUCCAGUGUUCGGGCCACCUGUGUCCCUACACACCCGAGAGGGACGUUAUGAACGGAGAAUAGAUGGUAGUUCAGAAAGCCGUGACCGUGCGUAUGAUCACAGCCCAUAUGGACAUCACGACCGCAGUGGAACGUUCGACAGACAGCGUCACUACAAUGCUGAAUAUUACCGUGACCGCACUGUUUUUACAACUGCUGGCCCAGGAGGCACUGCUAUUGGGGGAAGCUUUGAGGCAUCAGACCCACAUUUUGACUCUAGAAUACGAGACCCAUUUGCUCUUACAAAUUCAACACGACGUGACCUGUACAGAGAUGACCGGGGGCGACGUGUUGAUCGGACCUAUCAUCGGAGACGAAGCAGAUCAUCUCAUUCCUCGCAGUCGAGGCAUCCUUCGCCUCAAAGGACCACAGGGCAAACGUCCAAAACUCCUCAUUCCCCCAAAAGAACCCCCUUGUCUCCAGGGAGAGGCCCGAGAUCGCGAUCUCGCAGCAGAUCUUCAAGCUCGGACUCUGUCAGCAGCACCAGCAGCACAGGCAGCGGCAGCGAUUCAAACAGCAGCUCCAGUGAUGGUUCUCGGGCACGCUCUAUUCAAUCAUCAGCUGCACCUCAGUCGUCUAUGGUCCUGGAGUCUGACGAGCCACGUAGGAGCUUUGGGAUUAAAGUGCAAAAUCUUCCAGUGCGCUCAACAGACACUAGUUUAAAAGAUGGACUCUUCCAUGAAUUCAAAAAAUAUGGAAAAGUGACCUCAGUGCAGAUCCACGGCGCAUCAGAAGACCGUUAUGGUUUGGUGUUCUUCAGACAGCAACAGGACCAGGAGAAAGCUCUCAAUGUUUCUAAAGGAAAGCUGUUCUUUGGCAUGCUUAUUGAGGUCACUGCCUGGAAUGGUCCUGAAACUGAGUCUGAAAACGAGUUCAGGCCAUUGGAUGGGCGCAUAGAUGAGUUUCACCCAAAGGCUACCAGGACACUUUUUAUAGGGAACCUCGAAAAGACUACGAGUUACCAGCAACUGCUUGACAUCUUUGAGCGAUUUGGAGAAAUUGUUGACAUUGACAUCAAGAAGGCCAAUGGAGUUCCUCAGUAUGCCUUUGUUCAAUAUGCUGAUAUUGCCAGUGUUUGCAAGGCCAUAAAGAAAAUGGAUGGAGAGUAUCUGGGGAAUAAUAGGCUAAAGCUUGGUUUUGGGAAGAGUAUGCCUACAACGUGUGUUUGGAUUAACGGUUUAACCCCAAAUAUUACCGAGCAGUACCUCACAAGGCACUUCUUGCGCUAUGGACAUGUAGUUAAGGUUGUGUUUGAUCGACUAAAAGGGAUGGCCCUCAUCUUGUACAACAACACAGAAUUUGCUCAAACAGCUGUGAGGGAGACCAAAGGCUGGAAGCUCGGGGGUAAUAAAAUAAAGGUGGAUUUUGCAAGUCAAGAAAGUCAGAUGGCAUUCUACCGCUCAAUGCAGACCUCUGGCCAAGACAUUCGAGACUUUUACGAAAUUCCACCUGAGCGACGAGAGGAACGCAGGCCUCCUUAUCAUGAAUUCACCGCAGAGAGAGCUUACUUUGAAAACAUCAGAACCCCUGGUCUUUUUCCAGAGGAUGCUCGAAGAGACUAUGCUGCACGAAGCAGAGAACGCUUUCCUGAACUGGAACAUUAUCAGGGCGAGCACUUUGAGCCACGUUAUCAUGAAGACCCAAGGGACUACAGGGAUUACAGAGACCCAUUCGAGCAGGACAUCAGAAAGUACACAUAUAUACAAAGAGAACGAGAAAGAGAGCGGGAGCGUUUUGAAGCUGAUCGUAGCAGGUGGAGUCCAUCUCAUCCUAGGCGAGCCAUUACUCCUUCAAUAUCACCUUCACCUUCUGAACGGGCUCCCAGAGACCCUGAACGGCGGGUUUACAGCCAGUCUUCUGAGAGAAGUGGUAGUGUGAGUUCACUGUCCCCGCCACAUUUUGACAAAUCUGAAAAAGCCCUGCAAGAACAUGCGUCAAAGAAUGAGAAGACCACUCAACCUGAACGAGUAGCAGGAACCGAAAAGACCAAGCGUCCAAGGCGUAAAGAAAAGGCUGACAAAGAUAAAGCUGACAAGGGCAAAUCAAGGAAAGCAAAGGGUGCGUCCCCAUCUAAUCUACUACCAGAAACGGAGCCCGAGGGUGGUUUUGAUGAAGUGUCUGCAAGAAGAGGAUCAGACCAGGAUGCUCCAGAGAGACAGAAAUGUAAGGGAGAAAGUGACAGUCAAACUGAAAACCAGUUGUCAGUUCCCCAUCAAGAUUCAGUAAAAAUUGAAAGACCCGAAUUGAAUAAAGGGGAUAAUUCCGAAUUAGAUGGGAAAGCUCGACCCAAGAAGCAUUCAAAGUCUGAUAUUGGAAAUGAUGGGAAGGAUUCAUCAGUGGAUUUAGAUCGCCUUGCUGCAAGAAAAAGACGAUUUGCCGAUACAGGUGGAAAGACUGUGCCAGUAAAGAGAAGCAGGCAUGAGGAGGAAGAAAGUGGUCAGUCCUCUGACCUUGGUACCAGUUCUGUUGUUUUGAAAGAAGACUCUGACAAACGCAAAGAUCAACCAAGAAGAGAUGCACGACUCAAAACUGAUAAAUGCGUCAGUCAAAAGGAUGGUCAUGAGGACCUUGCUGGACAAAGAGAGAAAGCUGAGGGGUCAUUAGACAUACAAGACGCAAAACGACAUUCAGGAAGCACAACUUCCAGAAGAGUUUCACAGGAAGGAAAUUCAGAUCAAAGCAGUGUGAGAGAACAAGACCACCACGCUGCAAUCAGGCCUAGUCAGAAUGCUGAGCCUAACAAAAUCAAGAACAAAGAAGAUCACAUUGAUAUUGACCUUUCUCAGAGUUGUCGCAAGCAGAUGGAACUUAACAGACGUUUACAUCUACAGAAACAACGUGAGUCAGACAAAUCUGAAAAAGCAGAAAAUCUUCUGAGAAAUGAAACCGAAGACUUGGAACACCGUAGUUUAGUGCAUGAAGUUGGUAAACCACCCGAGGAUGUCACAGACAAUUUUCCAUCUCACAAACAGAAGAAAACAGACCAAUUUGACACAGACUCUGGUACAAAGAGAGAGCGCUUCUAUAGAAGACAGAGAAGCAAAGAUUCUGAGUGGAACAGUACGCCAUCUCCAGGUCACCAGCUCUUUUCUCAGCAUGCAGAUGAAGAAUUUCUAGAUGCCCCUCAGAGAGAGUUUAGUCGAAAUGAUGAGAAAAUUCACUCAGAUCUUGAGUUGUUUGUAAAAAGAACGCAAAAUACACAAGUUAACAAGCCAAACAUCCCUUUGAGUAGUGUGGAGGAAGAACAGCAAAAGAGAUGGGAGAGCAGAGGCAAACAAGACUUGUUGCCUAAUCUGAACUUUUCUAGAAGCAUAGGUAAAAACAUCCAGAAUCGCAAACACAUGGAGUAUGGCCUGUGGCAUGACCUGGAACCCGGGGAAUUACGAUCCGACUCUGAAGAGGACAGGGAAGUGAAACCAUGCUCUCCUGUGCCCUCUACUUCCAUGCCUUUUCCUGAAAGGCCUAGACCCGAUAGGUUUUCAGACCCCAAGCUAGCAAUUCUUGAAAGAAACAAAUUUUACUCAUUUGCUUUUGACCAGACCAUCACUCCUGAUACAAAGGCUUUGCUAGAACGAGCGAAAUCUCUCUCAUCUUCUCGAGAAGACAGUUGGUCAUUUUUAGAUUUCGAUUCUCACUUUGUAAAUUUUCGCAACAGGAAAGACACAGAGAAAGUUGAAUCAACACCAAGACCUACUCCUUCUUGGUACAGGAAAAAGAUACGAAGUGGAUCUGAGGACAAACUUGAUGACAGGAAAGAAGAGCCUAAGCCAGAGGAGCAGGAGCGCAGAGAACUUUUUGCCUCGCGCUUUCUUCACAGUGCUGUAUUCGAGUUGGAUUCUAGACGACUUCAACUUCUUGAACGCAAACACAAAGAACUUGAGCAAAUGCAAAGCCAACAAGCAAGUCAGCAUGGGACAGAUGAACUGGAUACAGGGCCAGUUGUCCUUUUUUAUAGUAGAUUUCUGGAGCUUACACAAUUACAACAGAAGAGCAAAACCCCUCAAGUGCAAGAAGACAAAGGAGACAUAAAUACCAGUGAAAGUAAAGAGAAAGCACCUGAUCCAGAACAACAAGCUGUACAGUCUCCUGAAACGACCAAACCCACCACAGGGAUGGAAGUGAAACCUGUCAAUCCAGCUGAAGAAGCUAUUCCUGUACAAAAACUCACACCUAAUACUGUCGUCAAGUCUGAGAACAAGGAUGUGGCUCCAUCAGAUGAGAAGCCUGUUCCCUUAAAUCCAGCUCCUGUUGUACAUCAACUUGUGUCUAUAGCAAAAGAAGAAAUGAAGGAGGAAGUAAAACAAAGGGAUGAAGUCACGCCUACGCAACAUUCACCAGCUGAGACAAUAAAGCCAGAACCUGCACCUUCAGUAACUUCUGAACCUAGCUACUCAUUGGAUGAAUCUAAGCUUUCUUCAUACAAAGAGAAACUGGAUGUCAUUGUUGAGGAUGUAAAAGCUCCAGCUAAAGAGCAAGCACUCUGCCCUGACUCUAAUGAGGAGUUGGCCAGCAAUGUAGAACCAAAACAGGACACUGAGAAAACUCUAGCAGACAUAUCCACAGCUAGCAGUCCAGUGCACCCUAGUUUUGUUGAAGAGGAGGAUGUAAUAAAAAAAGAGAUGUUUUCCAUCCUUGAAACAGCAGUAGAGCCAGAAGAGGAGAACGUUCUCCAAACUAGUAAAGAGCAGAAACCUAUUAAUGUAACAAUUGAAGAGCCAGUCUCUCUGAGGGAAAAUAAAAUAAAAGAAAUUAAAACUAAAAAGAGCAAACAGCCUCCUGCUCAGGCUGCUCCAAUACCUGCACCAUCUACCACAGUCUCUGAGAAACAAGCAACACGCAAGAGUGAGCGCAUUGAUAAAGAGAAGCUAAAACGUGGUUCAUCUCCAAGAGCUGAAGGAAAGUCCACAGCCAAGUCGCCUAUUCAUGGGUCAGAUCAUGAUGCCUCAGAGCAGAGUAUACCGCUCGGUCGAGCCAGACGAAGAAAUGUUAAAUCAGUCUAUGCCACUCCAGUUGAAGAUGACACGCUAGUUCGUUGUGGAAAGGAAAUUCCAGAGUCACCACGCACCGUUAGAAAACGGGGCACAGAGAAGGAUGUAAUGCAACAAAGUACAGAACAAGAACCUCCCGUUCCAACUCAGCCAAAACGAGGUCGCCCUCCUAAGAACCGCAAACUAGGAGAAGAAAGUUCAGCUGCUAAAGCAGAAAAAAUUAAAUCUGCAAACAAAGACACUGAUUUGAAUGAAUCUGAAUGUGGUGAACGAUUUUCAAGAGUUUCCAAAGGGAAAACAUGCCCUCAAGUCACAAAGAGUUCUGUUAAUCAGACACCCUCAGCCCCAGGAUCUGGGUUAACAAAAAAGGGGGACAAAAAUGAGGCAGUUGACGAGACACAAGAAGUUAAUUUCACUGAUGCAGACAAUUUCCAUUUAGUAGAUUCAUCAAAUUCAGGCAAAGAUUUAGCAGCCAAAAAUGACAUUGUUACAGAACUAGGCAAAGAUAAAGAUGUUGGCCAUGAGAAAAAUUGUGAGGAAAAAUCAAAUGGAAAAGAGACAGAGUGUGUGGUUGAUGAGAAAUCCACUCCUGAGAAAGACAAAAGUUCUAGAGGAAAAGUCAAGUUGACCAGAACUCAAAAGUCUCCUGUGCUCAAGAACCUAAAAAUUAGCCUAAAUGUCACAGAGGUUAAAGAUCUUCUUCAACAAGAUCUUGGGAAUCAAGAAGACACAACCAAAAAGAUCAAACCUUGUGACCAGAAUGAUCCUGCUUCAAAAAACAUAAAUGCUAACAAAGGAUGUACUAAUGAAGAAAAAGAUUCAAAAGAACAUGAAACCUCUAAAAACCUAAUUGCACAGGAGCGUGAAUUGGAACAAGCGGUGGAGAAUAUCGCCAAGCUUACUGACCCAACAUUUCCUACUGAACCAAAUCCACUUGUCCGACCAGCAGAGACAAAAAGUGACGUAGAUGAAGAAAAACCUUCUAAUCCUGCCAGCGAGACAGAACUAAUGGCGGCCAUUGACUCAAUAACUGCUGAAGAUAUGAGUGCAUCUCUUCCUCAAGCACCUCCAAUAAGUGCAAAUGUAUGUUCAGAACCUGAAAUGCAAAACUUUAGUCAGCCCAUCAAGUUAGAAGAAGCUGAAACAAAUCUUUCUUCCAUACAAGAGCCUACCUUUCCUAACACACCCAAAAAGUGCAACAAGGGAAGACCAAAAACACCUAAACGUUCUAAGACCACUAAACAAGUAAGAAAAGAUCCAAAAGAAGAACUAAGGGAGGAACCCAUAAUGGCUUUAGCUGAGAAAACAACUUCAGAUGGAAAGAUUGAGCCCAAGACACCUCCGUCAGCGGCUGCUGCAGUUAUUACUUCUACUGCUUGGAAACCAGAGUCUGAACCUUUAGCCGUAAAGAGUACAGAGUCAACAUUAUCACUGGAGGAGCAGAAACAACCCUUGAAACCUUUGUAUCCUCAUGCUAAGAGUCCAAUAAUCCAAAAGCCCCAGCAGUUGCCACCUGAAACCAUCUCCCCUUCUCUGACCUCAAACAAGUUAAAUAUCAGACCCAUUCAAACAAACCGAGCUCCUGUUUCUCCACCAGACUGGGCUCAACAGUCUAAAGAUACAAGUGUUUCUUCACAUGUCAUGUCAUUGGCAACCAAAGAAAGCCAGCUACCAUCCUCAGACGUGGAGAAGAUGGAUACUGAUCGAGGCACAAGUGACUUGAGACAGAUUCUUCAGCACAAAACUGCUUCACUCCAAGCCAGCAAUUGUAUUCCUAGUAAUCUAUCAAAUCUUCGAGAUCAAAACCCACCGGACAUCAACACUCCACUUACAACUGUUGUCCCAAAUAAGUCACCACACUCUGAUGGUAAAUUUCAAAGUCAUUCAUUACUUCCAGUUGUUCGACCACCAGCUUCUUUACCCGUCCCUGAGACUAAAUCUGUGAUUUCUGUUAUUGCGUCUACAGCAACCUCUGUUAUAAGUCGUGUUUGUAACCCACCUGAGUCUGAGGAAAAGGCUAACAUUAAUAUCGGAAAUCCCUGUAUGGAGAUGGUUUUACCCAAAACAGCCUAUAAGCCAAUCAAAGAUGAGAGUGGAUCAUACCACGGACCAUCUGAUGAAGGGGCAAGUGCUGCACGCUUUAUUGUUGAGAGCCCCACUCUCACUGGGACGUGCUCUGGACUGAGAGUAAAUACAUCUGAAGGAGUGGUAGUGUUGAGCCACUCUGGUCAGAAAACGGAGGGACCACAAAGGAUUAGUGCAAAGAUUAGUAAAAUCCCUCAAGCAACGGUAGGGGACAUGGAAUCUCAGCAGUUGGUGUCCAUGCCUCAGAUUAAACAGGACAUUUAUGGUCAUUCUCAGUCAGGACUUCCAAAGGGGUCUUCGUCCCAGGCAGAUCAUGGACACACAGGCAAACCUCAGUCAGCCACUAUUAAACAUGAAAGCAGCAGUUUGGAAAAGAUGGAAUCUGUUUACCCAUCUGGACCUCAAGGGGUAGUAAAACGCCUUGGUCAGACUAACCAACAAGUGAUGGGUUAUCAUCAAGAGUACAUGCCGUUAAAGCAUCCAAAGAAGACCGACAGUGCUGAUCCCCAUGGUGCAGAUGGAGGUAAAACAUCCUGGACCUCAGCUGUAAGUCCUGCCAUCAGCCCUCAUUUGCCUUCUCCACCUGGGAACCAUGUAGGAUUUGUCACAGCAGCUGGUGAGAGGGCUUCUUUGCAUGUCACUGGAAUUAAACAAGAACCACGAUCUCCUCGCAAGUCGGGCCACCCACACUCACCAUUUACUAAAGUGUCCUCGCCCAUAGGGUCCUCGUCACCCAAGGGCAUUACUGUGAUGCUGCCUUCUGCCAUGCAACAAUAUAUCACUGGUGUACACCAUCCAGAGCAGUCCGUCAUUAUGCCACCACACAGCGUACCAGGAGGUUUGGGACGGAUGUCCCCUCACUGUGUUGCCCAGUCAAUUCCAGUGGGACAUCUUGUUCAAGAUGUUAGGGUUAACACUCCACCUUUGUCGGUGAUGAACUAUGGGAUGCAUAGUGAGCCACUUGCGUCUCCUUGGCCAGGUCCAAUGCAGCAACGGUCUUCCUCACCCCAGGCUCCUGGCAGAGACAAGGUUGUCAAAGUUAAUCCUGGUUCUUUGAGGACUCAUGAAGGGGAUCAGGAGGAAUCCAGACACUUGCACCCAGUAGUGAGACCAUCUGCCACCCUGCAGUCAGAUCCUCGUGGACCCUUGAGGGGUAAUGUCCAGCUGGAAACCUACAUGGCUCAGAGAGAAAUGCGUAUGCUCAUGCACCAGCAGGGUGACCGUAUGACCACAGACCCUCACUCAGGACAUAUUCAAGACACUCUACCCCCCUCUUUAUCUCCAAGAGCACCCAUGUUGGCAAAAGGUGUACCUGAGAAAGAUUUAACAAAGUCAUUAGAAGCAAAGAGACCUCACUCCCCUCUUCCAAAAGAUGGCAUGAUGGGUGUGAGGCAGUCUGGUCCAGCUAUGGCAUCCCCCCAGAGAGUUCAGCUAAUGCCACCAGGACCUAGUGGAGCAUUCCCAGAGUACUCCAAUAGAUACUCAAACCGCAUCCAUUCUCAAAUGGCAGAACCUUCUGUUGGGCAUAACCAGCCGCCAGUGAACGUCACCCCAGCUUUAGGUGGAGACCUCCAGACAAAACCAGAUGGCAAGAUGGCGCAACCUGUUAAUAUGCUGCAGUUGCUCACAAAAUACCCUAUUGUGUGGCAAGGCCUUCUGGCGCUAAAGAAUGACACAGCUGCAGUCCAGUUACAUUUUGUCUGUGGAAACAAAGCUCUGGCUCAUCGAUCGCUGCCUCUGCAAGAAGGAGGCGCUCUGCUUAGGAUUGUCCAAAGAAUGAGACUGGAAGCUUCACAGCUGGAGAGUGUAGCCAGAAGAAUGACGGGUGACAGUGAUUACUGUCUUCUCCUGGCAUUGCCAUGUGGGCGCGAUCAGGACGACGUUAUAAACCAGACUCAAGCUCUCAAAGCUGCAUUUAUUAGCUACUUGCAGACGAAGCUGGCAGCUGGUAUCAUCAAUAUUCCCAAUCCAGGUUCCAAUCAGCCUGCUUAUGUGCUUCAGAUUUUUCCACCCUGCGAGUUCUCAGAGAGCCACUUGUCACAGCUCGCCCCCGACCUUUUGGACAGGAUCUCCAGCAUCUCACCACAUCUCAUGAUUGUCAUCACCUCUGUGUAAACAUCUCUGCUGAGACCCAUCCCAUCAUUGGAUUUUCUCACUACGAGCCUCAGGAAACCAGAGGAAAUCAAUCUAUAUAUAUAUAUAUAUAUAUAUAUAUAUAUAUACUUGUUUUCCUGGAUUCAAUAGGAAAUGUAAAGGGUGUACAUUACAAACAUUUUUUUUAUAUCAGUCUUUUUUUUUUCUUUCGUCACUCCUGUCUGGUAUUUUUGUCCUUCUCCAAUGAACUCAGGGAUGGAACAAACCAGAAUGAGUCUUACUUGACCAUUUCUCUGCUGUAUUUCUAUUUAUUAAAGUUUUAUUCAAAUUUUUGGAGAUGCUUUGGAAAAAAAAAUCUGAAUGUGGAAACAAAAAAAUUGUGACUUAUCUGGGUGGCCUGUUAAUUUUUUUUUGUGUCUUUUAUUUUUAUUUUAUUUUUUUCAUGGGAAGAUCAUAGAAACUACAAAGACAUUUCAAUCUGUAUUUUUAAAUAAUUAUGUACAGACUUCCUCACUCGGAUGUCCUUUGUGGAAGGAUUGUAAAUCUAUGAAGACCCUUUUGAGAACCAUAUUCAUGUAACAGCUCCUUUAACUCCACCAUCUCGGCUCAUUUUCUGACACUACUGAAGCAGUCACACGUGCAUCGAUCAAGCCUCAGUACGACGUGGGAGUUUUUGAGUACAGGACUUUGUAAAUAUUUUAAAUAUUUAAACAUGAGAGAAACUUGGGCAGUUUAACAGACACUUAAGUCUGGGACAAACCAGAACACAAAGUGAAAACUUCAGAUGGCUCCUACGUUUUUGGAUGUAAAUACUUGUAACACAAGAAGUUCUGCUGAUGGCACUUCAUAUUUUGUAAUUCGAAUAAAAGAAAAUCCUUUA